AUGAUAGGAAUAAAACGGUCACGAAGUGAAAAUGAUUUGUACGAUCAUAACAACAAUAAGAAGCAAAAAUCAGAUCUUGAAUUAUCCGUUGCAUCACCGAAAACAAAAUCUUGUUUGGAAAACUUACCUAAUGAAACAAUUUAUGAAAUUUUCGAUUAUCUUGAUAGUUUUCAUGUUUAUCAAAGUUUUUUUUCUUUAAAUACUCGAUUCGAUCGAUUAAUUCUCAAUCCAACUGGCUUGCUUCAAGUCAACAUCGGUGCGAUGACGAAAUUAGAUUUCGAUCUUUAUCAUAGACACGUCAUUACGCCGAACCGACGUCGAAUCAAUUACCUUCGUUUAUCUAAUCCAUUUACAGCUGACCUCAUUUUCUCUCCACCACUUACGAUCUGUCGUUUCACGCAAUUGAAAACUUUAAUUCUCGAACAAUUUGAUUCGAAAUAUAUGAAAAAUGUCUUACAGCAUUUAAUUCAACUACCCAAACUUGAAUCACUCAAGAUAUCAUUCGCUGAUCUCUUUCCACUUCUCCCUGCUGUUCUCUUCCAGUCAAUUUUUCAACUAUCGAAAUUAAAAUUAUGUCAAGUUACUUAUCGAACGAAAUUUGAUAGCAUAUCACCUCCGAUUUACUUACCUCAAGCUACUUCGACUUCAAUUGAAUCGUUAACCAUCAACAAUCGUUUCUCCGUUGAAUCACUCUUCGAUCUUUAUCGUUUUGUCCCUCAACUUCGUUAUCUAUCGAUCAAUUCUCUUGCGGGAUACCCUCCAUUCAUGGGAUUUCAACGUGAAUCACUGUUACUAAAGCAUCUCAAAACUCUCUCGCUUAAAAUCGACGAUGUUCAAUUCGGUACAUUCGCCCAGUUGGUGAAAUCCUUCUUUAGUAAUAUUGAAAUUUUACAUUUGGAAGCAAAUCACUCAUCUUAUUUGCAUCUGGAUCAAUGGCAAGACUUGAUCUUGUCUUCCAUGCCUAACUUACGUGUUUUUGACUUUUACUACAAUGGAAUUUUACACAGGAACGAAGCCAUCGAUCAAUUCAUGCUCAAUAACAAUUUCGAUCAAUCGUUCUGGAACGGGCGAGGUUGGGUGUUCGUGCAAACAGAAAAACAACAAGGAAAUCUUCGUCGGAUCAUGUUUUAUUCCUUAAAUCCAUAUCGACGAAAAGAUUAUGAUCUCUACUGGGAACAUGGUUCCAUACAUCCACUCGAUGACCACUUGUCCUCAGUUGAACACGUACAUUUACGAAGUGAUAGUGGAUUGAAAAACGCGAAGAAAUAUUUUCCAAAUGCGACAACACUGACUAUCGAACAUUACUUUCAACCGGCGCGUGGUUCAUUGGCGACCAUUGUUAAUGAAAUUCUUCCUCUGAAGCAAUUGAAGAAGUUGGUUAUCGAAAAUAUCAGUUAUCCUUUUGACGAAAUCCUUCAGUUGAUGAAGCUCACACCAAAUCUGCAAUUCUUAUCUGUACGACGAAUCAACUAUCCAUUUCUUCUUCUUAGUAAUCUUUUUCAAGUAACAUCGCUUAAAACACUGGAAAUCUGUCAAGAAUGUUCAUAUGAAUAUUUUCAAAUAAUGAUGAUGCACUUUCCACAACUGGACACACUUCGAAUUGCUAUGAAACGACCUGAUAUUUCUCAAACAAUUCGAUAUGUUUUUACACAGUCAAAUCAUUUGUUUUCUUUAUGUUUUACAAGGAUGCCCAAAGUUUGUCUACGGGACAUCAAAAAUUUAAUUCGAUAUGAAAAAUUAAUCGUAAAUUAUACAAUUAAAUUAUUAGAUCAUGAUUUAUAUUUAUGGUGGUAG